CGGUCCGGGUUUUCUCUCCCACCGGAUCUAUGGUAAUCGCCCUCGACAGCAAAGAUGGCGGCCGAGCGGCGUUGAGUCUUGUCCGUUAUGAUUCACCUCCUUCGUUGUAUGCGUUGACUUUUCUGCUGCGCCGCGAAACCGAGCCCCUGCCGAGGAACACACAAAAUGUUGUGAGGCCUCGAAGAAAACGUUUUUUCGCCCGGAGUGAAUCCACCACAGCCCGACAGGUUUCCCCCCCCGCUGCAGCGCUGGGCGUGCGCCUCCGUAGCUAACUCGUCUGUAGCGUCAUUGUAAAAUGGCUCCGGUGCAGAUCGGGUCAGACGGGCAGCUCGUCCCGCUCGGAGGUCCGGUGGUGUCGGGUCCGCAGCCGCCGCCACCCGGGACCCCGGCCACGCACGGCAUCCGACUGAGCCUGCUGAUCGAGUUCCUCCUCCAGAGGACCUACCAUGAAAUCACCCUGCUGGCGGAGCUACUUCCCAGAAAAACUGACAUGGAGAGGAAAAUUGAGAUUGUGCAGUUCGCCAGUCGAACCAGGCAGUUAUUUGUGCGUCUACUUUCCCUGGUGAAGUGGGCGAGCAAUGCAGGGAAAGUUGAGAAGUGUGCGAUGAUCUCCAGCUUUCUGGAUCAGCAGACCAUCUUGUUUGUGGACACAGCUGAUAGGCUGGCAUCACUGGCCAGAGAUGCACUGGUUCAUGCACGAUUGCCCAGCUUCGCUAUCCCUUUUGCCAUCGAUGUGCUCACCACAGGGUCAUACCCACGCUUGCCCACAUGCAUACGAGAUAAGAUCAUUCCUCCAGACCCCAUUACUAAAGUUGAGAAACAGACCACUCUGAACCAGCUUAAUCAGAUUCUCCGACACCGCCUUGUCACCACAGACUUACCACCACAGCUAGCAAACCUCACAGUCGCUAAUGGGCGUGUUAAGUUUCGUGUGGAAGGAGAGUUUGAAGCUACUUUGACCGUGAUGGGAGACGACCCAGAUAUUCCCUGGAGGCUGCUGAAGCUGGAGAUUCUAGUGGAGGACAAAGAAACUGGAGAUGGCCGAGCCCUGGUCCACAGUUUGCAGGUGAACUUCAUCCAUGAGUUGGUCCAGGCCCGUCUUUGUGCUGAUGAAAAACCGCUGCAGGACAUGUACAACUGCUUGCACUCCUUCUGUCUGUCACUGCAGCUAGAGGUGCUUCACUCUCAGACUCUGAUGCUGAUCAGAGAGCGAUGGGGAGACCUUGUGCAGGAGGAGAGAUAUAUGCCCGCAAAAUACCUCACACUCACCGUCUGGAACCAACAGGUUCUGGGUAGGAAAACAGGCACGGCAUCAGUACAUAAAGUCACCAUCAGAAUCGACGAGUCAGAUGGAUCUAAGCCAUUGCAAAUCUCUCAUGAACCUCCUCUCCCUGCCUGUGACCCCAAGUUAAUGGAGAGAGCUAUGAAGAUUGACCAUCUGUCUGUGGAGAAACUCUUGAUUGACAGUGUGCAUGCACGCUCUAAUCAGAAGCUACAGGAACUGAAGGCCAUUCUAAAGGCCAGCAAUCCCAGUGACAACUCAUUCAUCGAGACUGCUUUACCCACACUCGUAAUUCCGAUACUGGAGCCCUGUGGUCGUUCAGAGUGCUUACACAUCUUUGUAGACCUACACUCUGGCAUGUUCCAGCCCAUGUUGUAUGGACUUGAUCAGUCCAUGCUGGAUGACAUUGAAAAGACCAUCAACGACGACAUGAAGCGCAUCAUUUCUUGGCUGCAACAGCUGAAGUUCUGGUUGGGAGAGCAGCGCUGUCGACAGUCUGUGAAGCACCUUCCGACUGUGUGUACUGAUGUCCUCCACCUCUCCAACUCCGCCUCUCACCCUGUUGGGAACUUGUCCAAACACAAACUCUUCAUAAAGCUCACACGUCUUCCGCAGUACUACAUUGUGGUGGAAAUGCUUGAAGUGCCUAGUAGUCCCACAGCCUUGCAGUACAAGUACUCCUUCCUUUCUGUUUCUCAAUUGGAAGGAGAGGAUGGACCCAUGUGCGCUCAACUACUGCAGCAUUUCAAGCCCAACCUAGAACACCUUGUCCAGGACGCUUCAGCAGGGAAAGUGGCCCGACCUGGGACUAAGAGAAAGACAUCAUGUGAUCAGGGGGACCCAGAGCCAAAAAAGCCGAAGCGGUCCGGUGAAAUGUGUGCCUUCAACAAGGAGCUGGCUCACCUGGUAGCGAUGUGCGACACCAACAUGCCUUUUAUUGGCCUCAGAACAGAGCUGUCCAACAUGGAAAUUCCAAACCAGGGUGUCCAAGUGGAGGGAGACAGCAGCAGUCAUGCAAUACGUCUGCUAAAGAUUCCUCCAUGUAAAGGAGUAGGUGAGGAGACCAGGAGAGCUUUAGAGCGUUCCCUACUGGACUGCACCUUCCGACUGCAGGGCAGGAACAACCGCACCUGGGUGGCUGAACUGAUGCUGGCAAACUGUCCUCUCAACAGCACACACAGCAAGGAGCAAGCGUCAACACGGCACGUAUAUCUGACCUAUGAAAACCCUCUGUCGGAGCCGGUGGGUGGACGGAAGGUUGUAGAGAUGUUCCUGAAUGACUGGAAUGCCAUCAGUCAGCUCUACCAGUGUGUUCUCAACUUUGCUCGGGCCCUGCCAGAGAUGCCAUCUUACCUGAGCCUGUUUUCAGAGGUGCGGCUGUAUAACUACCGUAAGCUGGUGCUGUGUUAUGGCACCACCAAAGGCAGCUCUGUCACCAUCCAGUGGAACUCCAGCAGCCAACGUUUCCACCUUGCCCUGGGCACCGUGGGACCCAACUCUGGCUGCUCAAACUGCCACAAUAUCAUCCUCCAUCAGCUACAGGAGAUGUUCAACAAGAGCCCCAAUGUGAUGCAGCUGCUGCAGGUACUUUCUGACACGCUGGCCCCUCUGAAUGCAAUCAACAAGCUACCAACAGUGCCCAUGCUGGGCCUGACCCAGCGCACCAACACUGCCUACCAGUGCUUCUCCAUUCUACCCCAGUCACCCACACACAUCCGCCUGGCGUUCCGAAACAUGUACUGCAUCGACAUCUACUGCCGCAGCCGCGGAGUGGUGGCAAUCAGAGAUGGAGCCUACAGUCUCUUUGACAACACUAAGAUUGUAGAGGGCUUCUACCCGGCUCCAGGACUCAAGACAUUCCUGAACAUGUUUGUAGACAGCAAUCAGGAUGCUCGCAGACGCUCCGUCAACGAAGACGAUAACCCGCCCUCGCCAGUCGGUGCGGACGUGAUGGACAGUCUAAUGAACCAGCUGCAAGCUCAGCAGCAGCAGCCACAGACGAUGAGAGGGGGUGCAGGAGGUGUUUAUCCUCCUCUCACGUCACCGCCACCAAAUUACCAUGCUAACGUAACUCCUUCACCAUCCAUGAUGCCCACACAGUCACCAGGGAACAUCCAUGCCUCUGGCUCCCCUAGUGGGGCUCUGAGGGCACCCUCUCCUUUUGGGCCCACCCCGUCUCCAUCUUCCCUGGGCAUAGCCAUGAGCCAGACCAGCUUUGCGAGUCCCCACGGCGCUCUGGACCCCAGCUCUCCAUAUGCCAUGGUUUCUCCCAGCCAUAGGGGUCAGUGGCCAGGUUCCCCCCAGGUCUCAGGGCCCUCUCCUGGAGCAAGGAUCCAUGGAAUGUCUCCUGGUAACCCGUCGCUGCACUCGCCAAUCCCUGAUCCUCAUUCUCCACGUGCUGCGACCAGUUCACAAGUCAUGCCUACCAGUAUGCCUCCACCCCGCAAGCUACCUCAGCGCCCCUGGGCUGCCUCCAUUCCUACCAUUCUCACCCACAAUGCCUUGCAUGUGCUUCUGCUACCCUCACCCACGCCCUGCCUGGUGCCAGGCCUGGCAGGGAGCUACCUCUGCUCACCGCUGGAGCGCUUCCUGGGUUCAGUGAUCAUGAGACGACACCUGCAGAGGAUUAUCCAGCAGGAAGCCAACUUGUCCAUUGUGAACUCCAAUGAGCCUGGAGUGAUCAUGUUCAAGACGGAUGUGCUCAAGUGCCGGGUUGCUCUCAACCCAAAGAACUACCAAACACUGCAGCUCAAAGUCACUCCAGAAAACACAGGUCCCUGGUCCCAGGAGGAGCUUCAGGUGCUGGAGAAGUUCUUUGAGACACGGGUUGCUGGUCCUCCCUUUAAAUACAACACUCUGAAUGCCUUCACAAAGCUGCUGGGGGCCCCGACUAACAUCCUGCGGGACUGUGUGCGCAUCAUGAAGCUUGAAUUGUACCCCGACCAGGCCGCUCAGCUGAAGUGGAACGUCCAGUUCUGUCUCACCAUCCCUCCCAGUGCUCCUCCCAUCGCUCCACCAGGGACCAUUGCUGUGGUGCUCAAGUCCAAGAUGCUCUUCUUUUUGCAGCUGACCCAGCGUAUCCCAGUGUCUCAGGAGCCAGUGACCAUUAUUGUUCCCAUUGUGUACGACAUGGCCACAGGCCUCACUCAGCAGGCUGACAUCCCCAGACAGCACAGCUCCUCUGGGGCUGCAGCACUCAUGGUCUCUAGUAUCCUGAAGAGGUUCAAUGAGCUGCACCCGGCUAGACAGGGUGAGUGUACAAUAUUCGCUUCUGUUCACGAGCUGAUGGCCAACCUCACGCUGCCGCCUGGCACUCGUCAGUAGUAACAACAACCUCAGAAACUGCACUGCAACUCAACUGGAGUCCCUUUCAGACCACGUGGGGGGUCAAUCCCUGAGCUGAAGAUGAAACAGCUCAGAGUAACAAUUAUUGUCCCAACACGUCACAAACCCCAGCAUGUGUCCUCUCUGCUUCAGCCACUGGACUGGACUUCUUUAUUCCUGAGAGAAGCUUAGAAACAAGAUUUGCUGUUCAGGUGGAUCUCAGAAGAGGGUCCUGCAAAGGGAUAUAAAUGUUAUUUUUUUCCUCCAGGUGCACUUGUAAACAAGAUUAUCUAUUGAAAUUAUUGUUGUUUACGAAAACAUGUACAUUAUUGUAUAUUUGAGUGUUGAAACAAAUCAGGUGAGUUAGGAUUUUGCUAGAGCCUGUCUUCAGUUUUUCUUUUUUUACUACGCUAUACUGAUAUUAUUGUAGUAUCAGAUAUAUUCCUCAGCACACUAUUUAAAUGCUUUCUUGCCUUUACACUGUUGAGACCUCUGGAUUUUUAUUUCAAACUCUCCCUUUGGAUACUGUAAAACUGUGACAAACUUUUUACGCCAGUUGUAUUUUAUUAAGAUGCAUUGUGAGUCUCAAUUGAAACAUUUGAGACUUCUUGUCUGACUUUGCUAUUUAAUAAACCAAGCCCACAGCUGG